AUGAUGAGUGGUCCGCCGCGUGACGGCCUGUGGGGCCCAUCCUAUUCCAACAUCCGUCCAUCCCUCACCACACACCCCCCCAGCGCGUCCUUGUCCUUUUCUCGAGCGUUCACCAACCCGAAUCGAACACUCUCAGCGUCAUCCGAGCAUCGAGAGAUGAGUAGUCGCGGCGGUAAAUUAGCCCCCGAAGUCAACCGAGCUCUGUUCGUGAAGAACUUGAGCUACAACGUAACUCCAGAGGAGUUGUUUGACCUGUUUGGAAAAUUUGGCCCAAUUCGACAGGUCCGCCAGGGCAUUGCGAGCGGCACCAAGGGUACCGCCUUCGUCGUCUAUGAAGACGUAAUGGAUGCGAAGCAAGCUUGCGACAAGCUCAACGGCUUCAACUUCCAGAACCGAUACCUCAUCGUUCUGUAUCACCAGCCAGAGAAGAUGCUCAAGUCAAAAGAGGACCUCGAGGCUCGCCAGGCUCGUUUAGCGCAGCUCAAGACACAGCACGGCCCGUCUAUUUCUUCAUCUAAACGAACCACUUCUCCGGAUCAGAAGACGAUCCUCAGAAAGGGCAAGCCGACCAUCACCGGGCACGCACCUAGAACCGGUGUACGAUUCGCCGACGGAGUGCUCCCCAACUCGCUCCAGGCCCAGACUUGCGCUUGA